CUUUGGAGGCGCCACAGGUUCCUCACCUGCGCGGGCUGCAGGGGGUCGGCGGCGGCGGCGGGGCUGGGGGCGAGCGCGGGCUGGCGGACCGGAGGCUGGGCGAGCGGUCCCCGGGCGCCCCGAGCGCCCCCGCGCUAACUCCGCCUCUCGCCUCCCGCGGCUCCGCUCGCCCGCCCCGCGUCCUGGCCGCGGCAAACACUCGGGCGCCGAACUCGACGUGUCCGGAAAGCCCGGGCCACUUUCCCUUUCGUUCUGCGGCCGCCGCGCGCGGACCCCGGCUCCCGCGGACCCGCGGGGACAGCUUCGCUCGGCGAGGAGCCCAGGGGCCCCGGCUAGCACCAUGCUCGACCCGUCUUCCAGCGAGGAGGAGUCGGACGAGGGGCUGGAGGAGGAGAGCCGCGAGGUGCUGGUGGCGCCGGGCGGCUCCCAGCGAGCGCCGCCGGCCGCAGCUCGGGAAGGGCGGCGGGACGCACCGGGGCGCUCCGGAGGCAGCGGCGGCGGAGCGGCUAGACCCGUGAGCCCGAGCCCCUCGGUGCUCAGCGAGGGACGAGAGGAGCCCGAGCGGCAGCUGGACGAGGAGCAGGAGCGGCGCAUCCGCCUGCAGCUGUACGUCUUCGUUGUGAGGUGCAUCGCGUACCCCUUCAAUGCCAAGCAGCCCACCGACAUGGCCCGGAGGCAGCAGAAGCUUAACAAACAACAGUUGCAGUUACUGAAAGAACGGUUCCAGGCCUUCCUCAACGGGGAAACUCAGAUAGUAGCAGAUGAAGCCUUUUGCAAUGCAGUCCGGAGUUACUAUGAGGUUUUUCUAAAGAGUGACCGAGUGGCUAGAAUGGUUCAGAGUGGAGGAUGUUCUGCUAAUGAUUUCAGAGAGGUGUUUAAGAAAAACAUAGAAAAACGUGUACGCAGCUUGCCGGAAAUAGAUGGCCUAAGCAAGGAGACUGUGCUGAGCUCAUGGAUAGCCAAAUAUGAUGCCAUUUACAGGGGUGAAGAAGACUUGUGUAAACAACCGAACAGGAUGACCCUGAGUGCCGUGUCUGAGCUUAUUCUGAGCAAGGAGCAGCUCUAUGAAAUGUUCCAGCAGAUCUUGGGUAUUAAAAAACUGGAACACCAGCUACUUUAUAAUGCAUGCCAGCUGGAUAAUGCUGAUGAGCAAGCAGCCCAGAUCAGAAGAGAACUCGAUGGCCGUCUGCAGCUGGCAGAGAAAAUGGCAAAGGAAAGAAGAUUCCCCAGAUUUAUCUCAAAAGAAAUGGAGAGUAUGUACAUAGAGGAAUUGCGGGCUUCCGUGAAUUUGCUGAUGGCCAAUUUAGAGAGUCUUCCCGUUUCUAAAGGCGGUCCAGAAUUUAAACUACAGAAGUUAAAGCGUUCCCAGAAUUCUGCAUUUUUGGACCUAGGAGAUGAGAAUGAGAUCCAGCUGUCCAAGUCUGAUGUGGUAUUGUCAUUCACCUUAGAGAUCGUCAUAAUGGAAGUGCAAGGUUUGAAGUCAGUCGCUCCUAAUCGGAUUGUCUACUGUACAAUGGAGGUGGAAGGCGGAGAAAAGCUCCAGACAGAUCAGGCUGAAGCUUCAAGACCACAAUGGGGAACUCAAGGAGAUUUCAGCACUACCCACCCUCGGCCUGUGGUCAAAGUGAAACUCUUCACAGAAAGCACAGGGGUCCUGGCCCUGGAAGACAAGGAACUGGGCAGGGUGAUAUUAUACCCAACCUCUAAUAGUUCCAAAUCAGCAGAAUUACACCGAAUGAUAGUUCCCAAGAAUAGUCAAGACUCAGACUUAAAGAUCAAAUUGGCGGUGCGCAUGGAUAAACCACCACACAUGAAGCAUAGUGGGUAUCUGUAUGCCCUUGGACAGAAGGUUUGGAAAAGAUGGAAAAAGCGUUACUUUGUUCUUGUUCAGGUUAGCCAGUACACCUUUGCUAUGUGCAGCUAUAGAGAAAAAAAGUCUGAGCCACAGGAAUUAAUGCAACUUGAAGGAUACACUGUGGAUUACACAGACCCCCACCCAGGCCUUCAGGGUGGCCAGGUGUUUUUUAAUGCUGUUAAAGAAGGGGAUACCGUAAUAUUCGCCAGUGAUGAUGAACAGGACAGAAUAUUAUGGGUACAAGCCAUGUACAGGGCCACAGGCCAGUCUUAUAAACCAGUUCCUGUGGUUCAAAGCCAGAAGCUAAAUCCUAAAGGAGGAACUCUCCAGGCAGAUGUUCAACUUUAUGCAGACCGUUUUCAGAAGCAUGGGAUGGAUGAGUUUAUUUCUGCUAGUCCUUGCAAGCUUGACCAUGCCUUCCUCUUCAGAAUUCUCCAGAGACAGACUUUGGAUCACAGACUGAAUGAUUCCUAUUCCUGUUUGGGGUGGUUUAGCCCUGGCCAAGUCUUUGUGUUAGAUGAAUACUGUGCCCGCUAUGGUGUGAGAGGCUGCCACAGGCAUCUCUGCUACCUUACAGAACUGAUGGAACAUUCAGAAAACGGUGCUGUCAUUGACCCCACCCUGCUCCAUUACAGCUUUGCAUUCUGUGCCUCUCAUGUGCACGGCAACAGGCCUGAUGGAAUUGGAACUGUUUCAGUGGAAGAAAAAGAAAGGUUUGAGGAGAUAAAAGAGAGACUUUCUUCCCUUUUAGAAAACCAGAUAAGCCACUUCAGAUACUGCUUUCCUUUUGGACGACCUGAGGGUGCUCUAAAAGCUACACUUUCGUUACUUGAAAGGGUCUUAAUGAAAGACAUUGCCACUCCUAUCCCCGCAGAGGAGGUGAAGAAAGUGGUCAGAAAAUGUCUGGAGAAAGCUGCCUUGAUCAAUUACACGAGGCUCACAGAGUAUGCCAAAAUUGAAGGGCCUGCAGAAAAGGAAACAGAGACCAUGAACCAGGCUACUCCUGCCAGGAAGCUGGAAGAGGUUCUUCAUCUCGCAGAGCUCUGCAUAGAAGUCCUACAACAGAAUGAGGAGCAUCAUGCUGAGGGAAGAGAGGCAUUUGCCUGGUGGCCAGACUUAUUGGCCGAGCAUGCUGAGAAGUUUUGGGCUUUAUUCACAGUAGAUAUGGAUACUGCAUUGGAGGCCCAACCUCAAGACUCCUGGGAUAGCUUUCCUCUUUUCCAGCUGCUUAAUAAUUUCCUCAGAAAUGACACGCUUUUGUGUAAUGGGAAAUUUCACAAACACUUGCAAGAGAUCUUCGUGCCCUUGGUGGUCCGCUACGUUGACCUGAUGGAGUCUGCCAUCGCCCAGUCAAUUCACAGAGGCUUUGAGCAGGAGACGUGGCAGCCUGUCAAGAAUAUCGCCAACAGUCUUCCCAAUGUAGCUCUUCCAAAAGUUCCAAGUCUGCCUCUUAAUCUUCCACAGAUUCCUAGCUUUUCUACUCCUCCGUGGAUGGCUUCUUUAUAUGAGUCCACCAAUGGCUCAACAACAUCUGAAGACCUGUUUUGGAAACUUGACGCACUGCAAAUGUUUGUCUAUGACCUACAUUGGCCAGAACAAGAAUUUGCCCACCAUUUAGAGCAAAGACUUAAACUUAUGGCCAGUGAUAUGAUAGAGGCCUGUGUCAAAAGAACAAGAACUGCAUUUGAACUCAAGAUGCAAAAGGCAAACAAAACAACUGAUUUGCGCAUCCCAGCUUCUGUGUGCACCAUGUUUAAUGUAUUAGUUGAUGCUAAAAAGCAAAGCACCAAGCUGUGUGCCCUGGAUGGAGGGCAAGAGUUUAGGAGUCAAUGGCAACAGUACCAUUCAAAAAUAGAUGAUUUGAUUGACAACACUGUGAAAGAAAUCAUUGCACUGCUAGUUUCAAAGGUUCCUAACAACUCAGAGUAAUAUCAUACAGAAGAUUAAGAAUCCUUGGGCUAGUUUGGAAGAGGCUCACACAUACACCAGGUAUCACCUCCAAGUCUUGUUCAGUCUAAUCACUUUUGCCCCUCCCACACUCUUACUCACAUCCCAGGCUCUAGUGUUUCCAGCAUCCUAGUGAUUUCUCCGUUACCUAUCUAACCUCUGUACCUUUUCAUGACCCAGCCCUCUGCUCAGAUGCUCUUUCUUCCUUCCCUCUCAUAAUUCCACUGAAAUAGUCUCUGAUUUCCUUCCUAGAAGCCUUCUAAGCCUCCUAGGCAAAUUUAAUUUGUCAUCCAAACCUUCCUCCAUCACUUACCAUGUGUUCACAUUUGAGUCUCUCUGUCUCUCGCAAUCAAGAAUCUCAUUCUCUUUCUCCAUUAUAUUUCGUACUAUAUAGAGGGCGUCUCAUGCAACGGUGUUUGUUGGGUGACUAGUAUUAAAAGAAGAUGAGAGUGCAUCUGGAAGAUACUAAACAAACCAACUUCAGUGUCAGUGCUCUGAGUCGGUUCUGCCUGUUACCUGGAACAUUAAAAAAAAAAAAUCACUUCUCAUGAGAUUACAGAUUGUUUUAAAAGAUUCUAGUGAAAAGGGACAAGACAUACACACAAAAAAAAAAAUUGAAAUUCAUGGUCCUGAGGCAUCACAGAUUUUCAAGAUGCAGCUGUGUGCCAGGUCGUGUGCUCAAUGCCAGGGAUACCGUGCUAGCAAAACAGUCAAGGUCCUACUCUUUGGGGAGUUCUCUGAUCUCUGGGGAGAAACAAGCUAACAAACAUUACAUCCAGACAAGUGCGUUGUGUAUCACAAAUCAUAUGACAUAGUGACUCAUGCACUUGGAGGACAGCGUAAGUUUUCUCAAGCAGAAGCUGAAUUCUAAACAAUGAAAGAGUCAACCAGAAAAAGAGGGACAGAGCAGUUAGGUAGAAGACGCUGCAGGCACCGGGGCCUGGUGUAAAAUGAAGCUGAAAGAGGUGAGGAGAAGCUGAUAGGAUGUGCUAAGGAGUUUUGAGCCUUUGUCCCAAGAGCAGUGGGAAGUCACUGAGAAGACGGGAGAGGUGCAAGGUGGGGUGAAGAAUUAACCAGCUCUCUAUUAGAAGAUUCAUCGGAUGGCCUAUAGCAAACAGACUUCGCAGAAGGCUUCUACUUUGACCCCUGGGAAACUAAUCCCAAGCAUUUAAGUUGUACCAUGAGCAGGGUUUAGUACAACACAAGGGCAGCAAACAUUAAGGGCUACCCUUAGGUUUAUGACAUGAAUCACGGAAAAGAAUCAAGUGUCAUUCGGUGAUUCAGGUGCCCUGCAAAGAGAAACAGACUUGGAGAGAAAGAUCAUGAUGACAUUAUGGGUCACAGUAUGAUUAAGUUUGAGAUAUCCAAGGGAGAUGCCGGUAGAGAUCCUUGGAUGUGGAGCGGGGAGAGGAAGUGUGUGGGAAGAAAUUAUCAAUGUGAUAAUUUGAAAUGAUGCACCUUCAGUAGCUGUUACUCCCAGGCCUGAAGUGCUGUAGCUGGAGCCCCCCAGAGAAGUGGAAAGCAGAGGGAUGACACAGAGGUGCUCCCAGCAGAAGGGAACUGAGAGCAUUUUUACCAAGGGGGAAAAAAUGGUAGAUAGAAUGCUAAAUCUAAAUCUAAUACUAAACACUGUAUUUAUUGCCACUUUGUGUUAAAAACUAAGUUGCCCAAGAUUUGGGAUAGUAAGAAAAAUAAAACGUUAACACUCACUGAAGUUAUCCUGUUCUGACUGAGAGAAAGGUCUGGAGUCCCACCUGCGUGGCCCCAUCUCCCAGGGUGGACCUGAUGCCCACAUUACAAUUCUCCCCUUCACAAAUGAGAAAAUAGACAAUUGAGGUCACAAGGUCCAAACUAGUGGAACCCUGCUAGCCCCUAAGCCUGUAACCUUUCUACAGCACCCUAGAGAACUCAAGAAGAUCACAAGGGAAAGAGUGGUCUCUCCACACUCUAGUGCUAUCUUCCUUGUAUAUGGGUAUAGCCAGCCCAAGGACAUGCUUAUUUGAUGUUAGUUCCACACAGGCAUGCACGCCACAAGACCGGUUUUGACAGGUAGCUGGAGGUGGCAAGGAGGCUGUCUGUAAGUUGAAAGAUGAAGAUGGAAUUCAUUGUAUGUAGUGAUGAGGAUACCAAAGAAAAACUAGGGGGUGUUGGUCAGGACAAGGAAUUAAGAGAGCCAAGAAUAAAAAAAA